AUGGGCGUUUGCGUCCUCCUCGCAGCGGUGCUGGCCUUGGGCUGCUCCGCCCUCACCCUCUGGCCUGCCGGCGCGGGCGCCGCGCUCCUCGCGACCAACCUCCUGCCGGCGCCGCUCGCGGCUCUCCGCUCGGACGCCAUCGUGCACGAGAUGGAGACGGCCGACACGAUCAUGGGCGAGGCGCAGAAGGACUCGGCCGAGGGCUCCACCGCUGCGGCUGGCGCCGAGAGCCCCGUCACGUUGAAGAGCAUCAUGGCCGAGUUCGCGGCGUUCAAGAGCGACAUGCAGAAGAAGGAGCAGGAGGUGCAGAAGAAGGACGAGGCGUUCAAGGAGGAGAUGAAGAAGAAGGACGCGGCGUUGGCUGACUUCAAGGAGGAGAUGAAGAAGAAGGACGAGGCGUUCAAGGAGGAGACGCAGAAGAAGGACGAGACGUUCAAGGAGGCGAUGAAGAAGAAGGACGAGAUGAUCGCCGAGCUACUCGCCGCGCUCAAGAGCAAGACGGAGCACAAGCAGGUCCAGAUGUCGGCCGGCGGCGAGGUGGUCGAGCUGGGCUUCCAGGGCGGCUACGUCACUGACGCACACGCCUACUACGUGCCGUACUACAACGACGCGUACAACGGCUACGCGGCGCGCGUCUCGCUCUCCGACUUCUCCUCCUCGGGCGUCGAGUACUUCAACCUCGCCGACAAAAACUCAAACCUGAAGGGCUUCCGUGGCGGCUUCGCCACCGACGCACACGCCUACUACGUGCCGUACUACAACGUUGCGUACAGCGGCUACGCGGUGCGCGUCUCGCUCUCCGACUUCUCCUCCUCGGGCGUCGAGUAUCUCAACCUCGCCGACACCAACCCCAACCUGAAGGGCUUCAACGGCGGCUUUGCCACUGACGCACACGCCUACUACGUGCCGUUCAGCAACGACGGCGGGCGGAACGGCUACGCGGUGCGCGUCUCGCUCUCUGACUUCUCCUCCUCGGGCGUCGAGUACCUCAACCUCGCCGACACGAACUCCAACCUGAAGGGAUUCGCUGGCGGCUUCGUCACUGACACACACGCCUACUACGUGCCUCAGUACAACGGCGCGUACAGCGGCUACGCGGUGCGCGUCUCGCUCUCCGACUUCUCCUCCUCGGGCGUCGAGUACCUCAACCUCGCCGACACGAACUCGAACCUGAAGGGAUUCCGUGGCGGCUUCGCCACCGACGCACACGCCUACUACGUGCCGUCCUACAAUAGCGCGCCAAACUUCCACGGAUACGCGGCGCGCGUCUCGCUCUCCGACUUCUCCUCCUCGGGCGUCGAGUACCUAAACCUCGCCGACACAGACUCCAACCUGAAGGGCUUCGACGGCGGCUUCGCCACCGACGCACACGCCUACUACGUGCCGUUCAACAACGGCGCGAAGAGCGGCUACGCGGUGCGCGUCUCGCUCUCCGACUUCUCCUCCUCGGGCGUCGAGUACCUAAACCUCGCCGACACAAACUCCAACCUGAAGGGCUUCGGCGGCGGCUUCGCCACUGCCGCACACGCCUACUACGUGCCGCACCACAACGGCGCGUACAGCGGCUACGCGGCGCGCGUCUCGCUCUCCAUCUAA